AUGUCAUUCCCUGUGGAUAUAUUGAACAAUUACAGUCAUGAGGACUUGGAGAACUCAGCAGAAGACUACUUCUUUGAUCUUCGGUGGGGGAAUCGGGGGAAUCCAAACUCUCCUGAAUUCUUUACUCUGCCAGACCACCGCAAGGUUCCUAUUACCUUGUCAUCCGUGGGCUUUGUUCCUCUUUAUGGUGUAGAGCAGACACACAAAGUUCUUGCACUGUUUGCACCAUGGGACUCACUCACAGCUAUAGCCCUGUAUCUUGCUGAUCAGUGGUGGUCAAUUGAUGACAUUGUGAGAACAUCUGUCCCUGCUAGACAGGGACUUCAUCAGGUGAAGUCUGUUGGAGAGAGAGUUGUUCUCUAUGUUCUAAAUCGAAUUAUCUAUCGAACACAAGAAAUGGAAAGAAAUGAGAUCCCAUUUCUCUGUCAUAGUAGCAGCCAUUAUGCUAAGAUCAUGUGGAAAAAAGGAGAGGCUAUUGGGUUCUAUUCUGUUAAACCUACAGGAAGUGUUUGUAGCUCUCUUGUUCAUCAGAAGUACAAGUUGCCAGUGCUAGACACAAUGUUUGUUAGAAAGAAAUAUCGUGGGAAAGAGUCUGGGUUAAUCAUGUUGGAAGACUUUGUGGAUUCCUUUACUGAAGAGUCUCUUGGCCUAAGAUAUCCACUGUCACCUUUCAUGUAUACAGCUUGUAAGCAGUACCUUGAGAAGUACCCUGGGGAUAAAAACCUUUUGUGGCAAGUGGAGGGAGGAGGAGAUUGGUUCCAGAGAAAGUCUCUUAUGUCUAUAGUGCAAGAGGAAAAUCUCAAAAUUGCAGAGACCUCGAAGAAGGAAAAUAAGAGUUUGCAAGCAGAGGACAAUUUUUGUCAGUCUGCAGUAUCUGAAGCAGGUGGACCAAGGACUGAGGUAGAAACACAACUAAGUGCUGACUCUCAAAAAGGUAAAGAAUCAACAGAUGUCCAUGCAAGCACAUCUGAAGACCCUAAUGCAACUCCUGUUUCCAUCUGGACACGAAGCAGUCAUUUAAAACGUCAGAGGCUAAAUAAAAAUAGACAGGAACCUGGACUUGAAACUUCCCAACAAGAUGAGGAAAAUGCUCUUCAAAUGUCCAAAAGCAGGCCGGAACUUCUUGCCCACACAUCUGAAAGCUCUGAAGACUUAGUGGAAGUGCCUAAGGUGGAUGCUGUUGAGAAGGAUGAGGAAAUGAUUGCUGAAAAUGAAGAUCAGUCCGUAUUAGACGCGGAAAUGCACAUAUCACCUUCUGAGAAACAAAGUGAGAUGGAGGAAAUGCCAUCAGAACCUUUUAAUGGUGAGGUAGCAGAAGAAACUGCUAAGACCUCACUCAUGCCUGAAGGGGAGAUGGUAAAUGAAGUUCCAAGUGGCGAAUCAAAAUUGCUGUCUGAGAAUCAAGGAAAAGAACCUGUAACACUGUUUGUUCCAUUAACCCUUGAUGCUCCAGCAAAACCCCCAGAAGACACUGAAUCAGAGAAGGUUUUAAAUGAAAAUGAUUCAGAAAUGCUGACUGAAGAAGUUACAUCAGCAGAGAAGGAGGGCACCGAAGAACACCAAGAAUCUGAAAAGGCCAGCACUGAAAACGCAGCUGCUUUGGCAUCCAAGGAAGAGCCCUCUGGCAAUGGCCUGCCCAAUUCUGUGGUAACUGAAGCAGCAGAAGGAUCUGUUUCUGAAAACCUACCUUCCUCAUUAGAAGAUCAAAAUGAGGAAGCAGGGCACAACUCGCAGGAGGCCCCAGCUGCCUUGAUGAGUCAGAGCUCCUUGGUAAUGGUUGAACUUGAGGGUGUUUCUUUUCAGCAGCCUUCUGGACAGGAAGCACAGAAGAACCAGUUGGAAGAGCCCUCAGAAGAGUCUACAGAGCAGUCAGAUCACUACACGCAGACAGUGGCAGAGCGGGCUGCUGACAGCAGCUCUGAGGAAGCAGAAAUUGAGGUACCUGUGGUAGAUCGGAGAAACUUGCGAAGAAAGGCUAAAGGCUACAAAGGUCCACCCAAGAAAAAAGGAAAGCCAGCUUAA